AUGGGGGAUGAGGAGGAAAAGGAACUGGAGGACGAGAAGAUCAUGAAAUGGGAGGAAGGUGAGAGGAAGGCGCGGGAGGAGAUUAGGAAGGCGCAGGAGGAGACCAGGAAAGCGGAGUUGGACAAGACGCAGGGGGAGAUCAGGAAAGCAGAGUUGGACAAAUGUCCUUUGUGCUCUUGUGUUGGACAAGCUCUGCUUGGCUACAUCAAGAUUGUGUAUCCUUACACCGAGAGCGCCUUCUCCGAGCAGUUCCACCGCUAUGCCGACUCCCUCUCGGCGCGUGCGGGAGCGCUCGUCGUCUCCGUGGAGUACCGGCUGGCGCCGGAGCACCCCAUCCCCGCGGCCUACGAGGACGCGUGGGUGGCGCUCCAGUGGGCGGCCACCCUCUCCGACCCUUGGCUCGCGUUCCAUGCCCACCCCACGCGCAUGUUCCUUGCCAGCGAGAGCGCCGGCGUGAACAUCGCGCACAGCAUGCGCGUGUCGCCGCCGAUGGUGAGGACAUCCGCAUCACGGCGCCGGAGAGGAACAUACGCGUGGGGCAUGGCGGCGCUUGUCUUCGCAGACGGUGAGGACAUCCGCAUCGAGGGCAUGGACGCCCUCUGGCCGUUCCUGACGGCCGGCGCUGAUGGCAACGACGACCCUCGCAUCAGCCCGCCGGCCGAACAGGUCGCGUCGCUGUUGUGCCGGCGCAUGCUGGUCGGCGUCGCCGCGAAGGACGUGGUGCGGGACCGCAGCGAGAGCCGCCGCGAGGUGACGCUCCUGGAGUCCAAGGGAAAGGACCACGGGUUCCACCUCUACCGGCCAGGUUGCGCCAGCGCCGUGGCGAUCAUGGAUCGCGUCGCCGAGUUCAUCAGCGGGUGGGCGCCGUCGGUGAUCGCCGACGCCGAAACGGAGCAUUUGCAUGCGCUGGAGACCACGGGCCGCAUUUGCUGA